AUGGGAAACAAAGCUGAAAUUGAACUUUAUGGGGGUAGUUCUUUCCCUGGUCGGAAAAUGAGCAGGCUGUCUCUGUAUUAUUGUGGUGUGAUCCGUCCCUUGCCCCGACUCUGUGAGGAAGUGAUGCCCUGCUCGCAUUCUCGGCCUGCACCCCUUGUGGGAGAACAUGGCUUGCUAAAGCUGUCUCUGAUUCACGUGAAUGCUGAAACAGCCUGUUUCACUAUUAGUUUGUUAGACACCAGGAUCAGGGCUACUCCUAAAUCCACAUUAAUCACUCUAUCCUUGUAAUUGCAAUAUUUUCUACUCAUUUUGUUUUACUUUAUGAAUUCAUAAUCAAUGGUAAAAUAUUUGGGAGUGAUGGUGGCAGGGGGGCUAAAAAUUUGAAGGAAGAAUAAAUUGAGGGGUGGGGGUGCAAGUUAUGUAUAAAGAAUGGCACAGUUUUUGUAUGAAAUAUUACAUGCGCAAACAAAUAUAUCAUACAUGAAAACAAAUGUAAAAUAUUUACUGCAUUACUUCUAUUGAUAGCAUUCAGUGUUAGUGACUGGCUAGAUGUGGUCUUAAUGUCUUGCAUUUGUCUGGUGAUUUUUUUGCCUUUUAUGGUAAAUUCUGAUGUAUGUGAAGCUCUGCUUUAAUCAUUUACUUGUAUUUAUUUAUUUUUCCCCCUCCAGAUCUUUCCAGGAACAGAUUCACUGAAAUUCCUGGUGACAUUUGUCAGCUCGUAUCACUUGAAUCCCUUAAUCUGUAUCACAACUGUCUGCGCAGUGUACCCCUCGCUAUAUGUAACCUGCAGGUCCUCACCUAUCUCAACAUCAGGUAAGAAAGGCAUGGAGUGUAAAAAUAAAGAAAUGCAGGGCAAAGGGGAAUGACUGCUCAGAGAGGAUCAGAUCCUCAGUGUAGAUAAGGAGCCACCUUGUGUGGAAAGGUUAGAGGACGCCAACUUACCUCCCUACAUGUAGAAUGCUGGGAAUCAUCACUCGAUCUACAUUAAAAGGGGAACGUUCAUGUAACGGCACCCUCAGCAUAAAAGGGUUAAACCGCCGUUUAGAAGAUCUUCCCCUUCCAGAGAUACAGGCAGAGCUACUGCAGAACACCAAACUCCCGCAUAUAAGGGAAUGCUCCAAACUCCCGAAUUGGAACCUCACGAAUAGCUGCUAGCAGACGAAUAGGAAAAGCACCCAAGCGGCUUACACUCCUAGCAAUCAGUCUCUAUCAGCAUACAGUAAAUCCCCCCCCUCCCCCCCCCCCAAGAACGAGACAGAGCUCCGUCUUGAUGGUCAAGCAGUGGUCUGUUUAAUGAGGGCUACCUGCCCAGUAUUUAUGCAGGUCUCCCACCUGGUGGACACUCCCCUAGGGGACCAGAUGGAAGAAUGUGACAGACAUUGUAGCAACCAAUCACAGGGUACACACUUAGCCAUUCCCCUUUUCUUACCCAGAACCCUCUGCUCAAAGAGAUAAUUGUGAAGUAAUUCAAUUAUCUCCCAGGACAGAGCCCAAACGCCAAGGCAUUCAACAUGUCCCCAGAUAGCUAGGAUCUGAGCGCAGCAAAGUACCGAAUCGUGCUCAGAUCCUAUGCACAAAGUCCAAUCGCUGUGGAGCCAAAGUGUUCAGAAAGACAGUUUUCAUACGAAUGAGCUCCACGGGAUUCCUAUCUGGGGUAUGGUGUAUUCGGGUACAACUACCGAAUAUAGGGCCGUUCGUGCACGUCUACCGAACAAGAAGGGAGGUCGGCGGCUUCAGCGGUGUUCGCGCCAAAGUGUAUCAGUUUUCAGUUCCAUCACAUAUUCAAGGAUAUAAUCUUUCAAUGUAGGGUAAUAACUGCUUGAUCCAAGGAUAAAUCUGACUGCCAUUGUGGGGUCAAGAAGGAAUUUUUUUUCCUAGCUUGUCGCAAAAUUUGGAUCAACAGCAAAAAACAAAUGUGAGGUAGGCUGAAUUUGAUGGACGCAAGUCUCUUUUCAGCUAUGUAACUAUGAGUUGGGUGUCGAACACUGCUGUGCGUUUGCCUGUUUAAAAUGGCCGUGACCUUGUGUUCGGUGUACGAAUGGCGGCCACCCAGCAUUCAUCAAUCAAGCUGCGGUUAACCGCAGCUUCAGGGAGGUGAAUUGCCGACACACGCCAGCUCCCAGGUGGUCCAGUCAUUCGUGCGUUAGUUCGGUAGAUUAAAUCUACCGACCACCGGGCAGAAAGGCACAAAUAAGCCUUUUCUGCAGGGGAAAAGAAGCUUUUAACAUGGGGCCAUAAUCCAAAGGCAACAGGCGAGCAACCAGGCUUCUCCAAUGCAAUGUGGCGAGAUUGGUCUAGUCACAGUUCACUUCUCUGGAAAUUACACCAUUCAAGAAACAUUCAAAAUCACUUGUCACGUAACUUUUUUUUUUACUUCUGCAUUUAAUGUAUGGUUUCCUUUUUAAAUGUAUAUUUUAGCAUAUGACAUCACAGUUCUGGCACAGCCAAUGGCGCACAUUGUGCUGGAGGGGGAGAAACACAUUUCUGUAUCUCCUCUCUCUCUGUACUGAAUGAUGGAGGCACCUGGGUCCAGGUUAGAAUUAAAUAUAAAGGUACAGAUUUUAUUACUUUUUUAAAUGGAUGCUGUAAGUACCCAGACCACUUCAUCUCAGUGGUUGACCCUCCCUUUUCCAUAUUAUAACCCUGCAGCUGAACACUUUGCUGUAUGGCGGAAGGGCAGUGUUUUAAUUACAUGACUUAAAUGCCUAUUGCCUAUUGCUUCCUCCAAAAUAGACAAUCUACUUAGUGCAGCAUGGCGUUUCCUGCCCAUGUGCACUACCCUCACAUGGCUGAGAUCAUGGAAACCUAGGAGGCAGAAUUACACCGUGGAGACAAAAGUAGAUAAUUACUUUCAAACAUAUAGGGGUAAAUUAAAGAGAAAAAAGUCACUUCCUCAAGCAAUUUGUAUUCUGUUUAAAGAAGCACAUUUAUUGAAUGCCAUUUAUACACCAGAUCGGAAGACACAAUGUGUGCACCAUGCAACCCGUAGUCAUUAACUUUUGGCUUUCUCUGAUCCAUUCCCUCUUUUCCCUCACAUAAUUAAAAUUGAACUUUAGGGAAAAGGAUGGAAACGGGUUAAAUCUUAGAUUAUAAUCUUCGCAAAUCAGUAUAAGCUUUCCCAAUGAUUGCAGAAUGAUGGCUACAUUGUAUGUCAUUCAAUUUACAGGCUGUGAUGUCAGGUAAAAUACGGAAUUCAGAAACUGGAGUGCAGUUUGCUAACUUACAUUAAAUGUUUUGUCUCUCUCUGUAGCCGAAACCUGAUCACCUCGCUGCCUCCCUACCUCUGCCGCCUUCCACUCACCGUCCUCGUAGCCUGUAACAAUAGGCUGACAACUCUUCCGGAGGAGCUUGGUGCCAUGACCAGUUUGCGCCAAUUAGUGAGUUUGCUGUACAUCUAAACACAUGUGAAGCUUAAAGCACUUUAGAUUGCUCAAGUGCUUUGAGUGUAGUGUUAUUUUUACAAAAAGUGCAGAUGUCAAUACAAAUAGGCACUUUUACAAAUGAACCUUGUAAUACCUCCUGGCUGUAUGAUGAUCAGUCCUGUUACUUACUGGUUGUUUAUCUCAGUGGAGAUAACCUGCAUUGCCCAGACCACGUGCCUUGCAAAGACUUCUCAUUGAGUUACAUUGAGAAGUUUGUGUUUGGACAGCAACAGAAAGAGAGCAGCAGCUUUUUGCAAGAUAUAUUUACUCCCAAAGAAAAAAAUGCAUAAUUAAAUGCCUGCAUGUUUUCAAUAUGUGCUGCUCUGAUGGUGCAAACAUGUUUGCUGGUGCCACACGAGGAUGCACUUGCACUCACAGGUAAUAAACAGAGCAGGCGAUAGCGACAUCUAGGUUUGAAAAUGACAUAAUUUGUGUCAGGUGACAGUGAGUCACAGCCAAGGGAAUUGUGGCUAGGGCUGCACAAAGUUGUUUGUCUUAAAAUUUGAGUAGGGAGACUGCAGGGACUUCAUUGUGUUAGGUGUUUUAGUACUUUGACUGUCCCUUUUAUACUGCUGCAGUGACAUUUUGUGAGACCAGGAAGUGGCUGGGAUAUCUCAUGCCAACCGUGGUCAUAUCAGAGUUCCCCAAAGGGCUGUUAAUGUUUGCAGAAUUCAUAGUAUUCGUAAAUGUAAUUGCUUUUGAUUCAUUGGACAAAACUGGGAUCUAGUACAAAUGAAUGAAAGUAGACUGGGGUUUCCAUUUAAACCUGCAAGUAUUAUUAUUACUGUUAUAUUUUUCUUAACAGAUAAGAAGGGUUUAGUGGAUUUAUACCUAUAGACAUGGCUUGUUAUAUAACUCCACUGUAAGAUAUGAGAAAGUUAAAUGUUUGCAAUUAACUUGUGUGUGUGAUCCUAGUGUCUGAAGUGCCCCUUUAUCCUACGCCUGGGAAUGAUUAAAGUAUUGUCAUAUUUUGGUGGAGGUGAACGAUCCGUAAAUAUACAUGUCUCUUCUCUCAGGAUGUCAGCUGUAAUGAGAUCCAGAUAUUGCCUUCAAAGAUAGGCUCUCUAGUGUCUCUACGGGAGUUAAAUGUGCGGAGGAACCAGCUGUCUACCUUGCCUGAGGGUAUGUAAAGUGUUACCUACUGCUGGGCCUUUAUACUAGCUGGGCCUCUAUACAGUGUUGCCCACUGCUGGCCCCUUAUACUGACUGUGCCUGUAUACAGUGUUACUGUUGGGCCCUUAUACUGACCGAUCCUGUAAGUAGUGUUUCUACGGGGCUGUUGGUUCUGACUUGACCUCUAUGUAGUGUUUCUGUGUGGCUGUACUGACCUGUCCUCUAUGUAGUGUUAUUGUGUGGUUGUGUUGACUUGUCCUCUAUGUAGUGUUAUUGUGUGGCUGUACUGACCGUACAUGUAUGUAGUGUGUUUGUGUGGCUGUACUGACCGGACCUGUAAUUGAACUCUUUAAUGGGAUAUAUAAUUUCUCCCUAGAACUGUCGGAGCUGCCUCUUACACGUCUGGAUUUCUCCUGUAACCGUGUUACUCACAUUCCUGUGUGCUACCGACACUUGCGACACCUCCAGACAAUCCUCCUUGACAACAACCCAUUGCAGUUUCCUCCUGCUCAGGUUAGUGUAUAAGCGAGUUAAGAGUUAGAAAACGAACACAGCGCUUUAUCACUGUGUGUCACGGAAUAACGUGCAGACGGAGAAGGCUUCCAACUCCGUGUUUUACCAUACAGGAAAUUGCCUGUCUAUAGGGUCCCAAAAAGGGAGGACAGACUCAUAGCUAUUUUAUUGUCACAUGGAAGGGGGAGGGACAGAUUUAUAGUGCCUUUACUGACCCUAUAACUUAUAGUCUGUCUCACUGUGUUCAACUCCUAGAUUGUUUUUUUUUUUUUCUCUGAUUUCUGUGUUCCUUUUGUAUCUUGUUUUAGAUUUGUCUUAAAGGCAAAGCUCAUAUAUUCAAAUACCUUAAUGUAGAAGCCUGUAGCAAGGCCAGGUCUGACCAUGGGGGCCUGGGGAAGCUGAGUCGGCCGACAAGUUUUACCACAUGGUGAGUUAAAAACACUGGGGAUAAUAUGCAUGUUGACAUGCAGUGGCAAAUACAUAUUAGGCACUACUGGUUAGACACGUAUAUCAUUGGAAAAGUUGGGUAAAACCACCAAAAUACAAUGUAUAUGGAUACUUAAUCUGAUGUUUAUGCAAAGAUGGCAAAGCAGUAAAUGAUUAAAUAUGUAUAAAACUAUAUGAUUUCUCAGUCAAAGCAACAAAGAGCAGCUAUGCCACAAAUGAAAUGAAACUGUGCCACUGUGUAUUAUUCAUCCAAUCCACAUCGAAUCCAGAGAUUAAUGCUGAUCAACCAAGGUAUUCUUGUUAACUGGAUUCCAUGUGGAUUGGAUCAGUAAUAUAAAGUGUUGCGGUUUCAUUUAGGUUUUGGUAUAAUUGCACUUUGUUGCUGUUUUUUUUUUUAUUUUUUUUUUUUAUUUGUUUAUUUUUUUUUAUUUUUUUAACAUCUCCUUACUGUGUUUGUUUAUUCCCACCACCACCCCCCAACCUGCCACUGUUUUUCUUUCUUUAUAUAAUGAUCCUGUCCCAUUGUAUUCUGUAUGUGAAACUGUCAUUUAUCAAUAGUUGAUUAUAUUUAUUUGUUUGAAAAAGGACAUGGCUACUUUUUUACGAUUUAGGUUUGUUACCUGCCCCUAACUCAACUGACAGACUCACGGCCAUCUUGGGAAGUAUUCAUUCUGAUGUCUUUCUCUUUUCAAAGUCUCACUGAUGAUAUCUAUUCCUCGAGACCGUAUGGAGGACUUGACUCUGGCUUCAACAGUGUAGAUAGUGGCAGCAAGAGGUGGUCGGGAAAUGAGGUAAGAUCAUGUGAGAGUGGCAGUUGCCAGCCCUCUUACUCUCUUGCUCUGCAGGUUAAUUAGUUUCUGUUCUCAGUCUACAGAUGAGUUCUCAGAGCUUUCCUUCAGAAUUGCUGGACUGGGCAGAGAUGCAAAGCAAUUCCCAGAGAAACACAAUGGGAUUGGUAAGUUUUUGUGUGUAUAAAUUUUUAUGUGGGUUUGUAUGAAAACUGCUAAAGACAAAGUCUAACACACAAUCACCCACACUCACAUGAUUCUCUGUCUCGGCAGGUUUUAGCCUGUAGGUCAGCCAGCUGGGUCCGUAUGUGAUUUUAUAGCCUAUAGUCCGAGUCGAUACACUGCUUCCCCCAUUACAAUAAAGACCCCCUAAUGGAUUGCAAUCAAUGGUUUUAUUCUUGCAUCGAAGAAUGGGUUGCCAAGCUAAUACGAUUAACAAAAAGUGGUGUUCUGUCCCAUGAAUUCUUUCUUUAGGUGCCACUAAUCUUUUAUUUUGAAUAAUACAUCAUAGGAUUGUGGACCCCGGGCUGUUUUUAGUGCAUUCUUUGUUACACUUUAGGGACAAAAGUAAACUUGCUUCAAAACACUGUGGCAUUCCUUCUACCCCCCCGCCCCCCCAGAUGGAGACACGGAGCAUGCUGAUUUUAUGGACAGCAGCACAAAUGAAGAGGAAGAGGAUGCAAAGUCAGAUUGUGGCCUGCAAAUGACAAUAACUUCUCAGGUAAUACGAUUUUUGAGUGAAGGUUUUCAUGUAAUAUUUACCAAAUCUGAUACUAUCCCUUCACAAGGCAGCACCACCGACCCUGUGUGAGACACUCUCUUAUCCCAUCAGAAAGGGUAUCACUGACCCUAUAACUUAUAGGAAUCCCUGUGAGUGUGACGCUUUCUUAUGCCAUCAGAUGGGACGUCACUGACCCUAUAACUUAUAGGAAUCCCUGUGUGACAGAUUUUCUUAUUCCAUCUGUGUCACUAAGCAUGUUUAAUUAUAUAUAAUUUAAACCUUUGUUCUUGUGCAGGAGAAACGUGAGCCUGAACACCAUUCUACCCCCAGGGCUGAGAAGACCAUAGUUUGUGGGUAGGUAGCACAAUUUGCUCAAACUAUGCAAUAUUAUGGUAUGUGUGGUGUGCUUUUUUUUUUGUUUGUUUAAAUUUUUUUUUUUUUUUUUCGUUCACACUGAAUUUCCAUCUUACAUUUCUGUCGCGUGUGGUUUGAACGGUGGCCACCGUCUGUGGCUUGGAGGGUGGGUAGUGCUGUGCUCUGAGUGAAACGGAUUCACUGAGAGAUCACACUCUAUGGAAGUAGGCAUUUUUGACACAAAAGGCAUAGGCAGGAAAAUCAAGGGAAUGGGUGAAGGGUAAUGAUUCGGGAUCUGAGAGGCCAUGUGGCGCAGCGUGCGCAGUGCGUUUGUCCAUGGCACAGCGUGCACGGUGUGUUUGUCCCUGGCGCAGUGCCUUUAGUUUUGGUGCAGAUUACAUAAUCUCUGGUUUCUGUCCGUUCAGUGUACGGCGCUCUGGAGUUCUAGUGUUGUGACACAGCACUGUGUGGCAGCCAAGUGCAUGUUCUCGCUGCCUUUUUAGUACUCCUUCCCCUCAGCUCCAUUUUCAGAGCAGUCCACUAAUGACCAACUCAGGACAUCAUUGUGCCCGGACAGUCACUGGAGGUGUAAGCCCUGAUUUUAGUUUUUUUUUCUCUGAAAAUGCAGCACUUACACUGCAUACGAAAUGUGUUAGGAGGCAGGCACGAGCUAUAAAUUGUGUGUGUGUGUGUGUGUGUGUGUGUGUACACACACAAAAAACUUUGCUUGACUAUCUAGUAAACAUUAACUACAUAUCGGUGCCAUCUAGUGUCCAAACGCAAAACUGAAGCUCAUACAUUGUGUGUAAAUGUAUCUCUAAAGACGUCAAGGGAAAAAAAAUGGCUGCACAUAGUUACCAAGACUCCUCAACAUGUUGGAGUAAAUUUUGGUGUAAAUGUUUCCAGUUGUGACCCCACUGAGAAAAAUAUGUCUCUGCAUAAUACUAAAUGUCAUAAUGUCAACACACCCUUGUAGCUGUAAUUCGUAUAAAUGUUUUCAUAAGUAUAGGAAUUCAGCAGGUAAGAGAUUAAGUGAUGUAUUUUUGAAAGAAGCAAUGUACCUCGUGUUUCCCCUGCCUUUGCUGGAAUAGACCUGGUCUCCUCCACAAUCCUAUACAUAGGGCUGGCUGGGGGGAGCAAAUACCUGCUCAACAAUGCAUUGUCUCUUCCAUGCAGAGGCUGGCACUGGGGAGCACUCCCAAUCCUCCUGCAGGGUGCAGGCUGUGCAUGCAGCUCUAGUUUAGGGGAGGGCUGCCCUGCUAGGGAGAGUGCAUGGGACAAGCCCAGGCUGUGUCCAUGUUUACAGAGGGAGAGAGGGGGCAGGUAAGACAAUAUACUGGGCUAACAAGCUUUUGUGCUUUAUUUGCUUCCAUCACUUGUGAAGUUGGCCUUCACUACAUGACAUGCAAGUCAGGCCCAAGCUUUGCUCCACUUUCUCCCAUGUUUCCUAAGUUGUGUACAAGACAUGUAACACUUUAAAAGGGUUUUUAAAUUAAACUAACAUUCCAAUCGGCACAACCACUUCAGCUCGCUAGUGUUUACAGUGCAAGGAAUGUGCUGGAAAUCUCCCUUCCUUUCAGUGUAAGUAGUCAAUCCCCUUUAGAAUGUUGCCGCCUUCUCCACGGCACAAUCCCUUCCGAUCUUCUAUGGAGAGCCAGAAACUCUCUGAGCAAACAGACGCUCCUGCUUCGGCUCUCCGUAGGAGCUAGUGGAGGCUGAUUUCAGGGAAGAAGUCAGAACAUUCUUUAACACCUGUUGAUCCCAGAGCAGUGAUGCCCGUCGGAUGUGCUAUGUAACAAACAACUUCCGUUUGUGUCGAUCAGAAAGUGGAACAGUUGCUUGUUACUGAGUUUUUGUGUUCAGUAACAAGCAUUGGGAAAGCUCAGUGUAAUUUGCAGAAAUACAUCAUUCUUCUGACGAGUUUGUUCCAACUCAAAAAUUUUAACUUGUUCACUUCUUGCUGCCCAAAAGAACCUUUUUUUUUUUUUUUUUUCUACUAGUUUACAUGCUUCAAAUGAACCCGUUACAUUUCUUAGGAUGGUAGUACAUAUUUUAAAACUCUAUACCUGCCUCAUAGGUUUGAGGUAUAGCCAUCUCAAAAAACACUCCUCUAAUAAGUCAUUAGUAUUUAUAAAUACACUUUUUAUUUAUUUAUUUGAAGAUCAGCUCCAUCACCUCUGUCUGUCAACAACCGGCCCGAAUAUCCAAUAGAAGAGAGGCGUAGGCCUGAGACCCUCCUUAUUUGGAGAGAGCGAGAGAGGCAGCAGCUCCAGCAGAAGCAGGAAAGUACACGGAGGCAGUCGGUGGACAAGAAGGACAGGUGAAUACUGGAUCGACUAAGGAGAUGGGGCAAACAGAACAGUGUGGCAGGUGUAGAUUUUACAAUGUGUCCUUUAACUUUUGCAGCAUGCAGAAAAUUGUGAUCCAUCCUUCUACUAAUCAUCCACCAGUACACUGUGAAUCCUCCAGGUAAGUGAUUGGAGUGGGGUGGGACACCUUUCCCUAGGAUCCCUUUAAAGAAGAAAGGUUUUUAAUGACUUUCAUAGUAAGAAUUAUGAAUAUAAUUAUGUUAUGUGGGGUGAUUUUAUGGACAAGGUGCUACAGCUGGUGAUGCAGAACAGUAUUAAUGGAGAAAUGGUGGCGGGAGGUGGAUUGAGGCUGGAGACUACCUGGUUACAAAUGGUCGAUUUUUAGACCAUGGCUUCACUGUAAAGCGAGACUGAGAUUUCUCUCAAUGUUUUGGUUUCGACACCUGGAGUCCCCUUGCACUGAAAGUCCUUCAUUGACUGUUAAACCAUUUUCGAGCCAUUUAACACUGAAUGUGUCCCUGGUCUUGCCUCCAUUGGUAGUGUGGCUAAGACUGAGACCUCCCCUUCCUUCUAGCCAUACUAAAUAUACCAGCAGUGGGUGCUGUAAUAGGCUGAAAGGGAUCAGCUAACACUCAGACAAUCACAGCUGCAGAUUACUGCUCUGGUAUUGCUUUCUCACUUGCCCAAGCUGCACAGAUGGAAUGGAUUGCUGGGGGCAUUCAUUUAGCAUUUAAACAUUAAGAAAGGGUUUAACCGUGAAUGAAAGGAGGGUACCUCAGACACCAUAACCACUUUAGUGAAAUGGUUGCUGUGUCUACAGUGCUCUUUUAAUGUUGGGUUGUCUGACAAAGAUUGGGGUUGAGUGACUGACUAGGUUUGAGAGCUGGAAAGUGUUAAGGGUCAGGGUAAAUUGACCAUUUGUGAGGGCCACAGAAGGGAUUCUGAGGAAAUGCCGUAUGGAGGGUAUAUUUGUGAAUUUGUAUAUUUUGUCAUUGCAGCAGUUCGCCUAAUGUCUGCUCCAAACAGUGGAAUCAGGUAAUCUUCUUAAUGUAGAGCUUUAUUCGGAGAGAUAAGUGGAGAUUAGUGUAAGAUGCAGGCCACAGUUUAUCUGAAGUAGUAAGGAUGAGUUUGACAGGGCUGCUGGAUGGGUUUGUGCAUUUCAGAUGUUGAAAGAAGAUCUAAGGAAGGCUGUAUUGUUUAGGCUACAUAGAGGAUGUAUUGCCAGAGGAAACACAAAUGAUUUAAUUCUCUGAACACGCAUUGCACAUGGUCAGCACAAGGCAAUGGCUGAAAUUACUAUACAAUAAUCCUAAAUGAGAAAUGGAUAGAAACUUGGCACUGUAGGCACUAUAACUAUUUUAUCUCAUAGACUUUGUUAUAGUGCCUGAAGUCCUCUGGGAACUUUCAUUCAUUUUCAAGCCGUUUAAAACCAAAUAAAGGUUCCUGGCCACCGAUAGCCCCAUUCAUGUUGGAGGUGUUUCUAAUUCACAGACAACACCCUAUCUAUAGAUGCUGUGCUAUUUUUUUUAUUUUUUUAUAUAGUGCCAACCGAUUCCGUAGCACGUUACAAUAUUACUAGACUGAAAGCAGUCAGCUGACACUCACCGCUUCCUUGGGUCUUUUGUUUAGCAUUAAAAGAUUAAAUAUGGUUUAAUACUGAAUGGAGAAAUUGCUGCAGUAGACUCCACACACUAUAACCACUUAAUUGAGAUCAAGCAGUUAGAGCUUACAGUGUCCCUUUAAAGAAGGAACAUGUAAAAUAUUCCAAGCCUUUUGGUGAUGCAUAGUCAAGUGGUAAAUAUGUGGAACCAUGUCCUGGAGCCUGUAUUGUUGACUUUAGACCUCAAUAAAAUCUGGGUUUUUAUUUCUGGUUAUACCUUUUAUGAGAUCUUUCUGUAAUUACUGUACUUUUGCAAUUUGGAGAGUUAGCAAUUUGUCUGUAAUAAACUUUACAAUAUCUUACACGAUUAACGGAGCUGAAAUGGCAAAUGUAAUGUAAAGUUAAGCUGGAUUGGAAAUAUUCUCCAGCGCAACCACUUUAGCCUAAAACUGACAACUCUAGUCUAGUGGCAAACCGUGAGGGAUCAAUGGGGUCACAUGGUGCUUGGAUGAAGAAUGUUUUCCAAUACCUCUUUGUGUUUUGUAGGGUUGCCAAAGCAUAUCAUCAAACCCAACCUCACCCACCUCGUUGGCCACAGGUGCGUGGAUCUCUAAUUGUCUGGUGCUGAUUUCUUGUAGGCCGAACUUUGUAUUUAUGCAGAUUUUUAUAUUUUUCAGAUCAGUCUGUCUGCCUCACACACAAACCCAAUAGCUUUCUGUUUAGAUCAUAUUCUCGUGGUGCUUUGCGGUCUGCACAAGGUAAGUGGAAUACUCCGUCUCACUCAGAAGUUUCUGACCACAUGUCAUAUACUACCUAGCCCUGCCCUACCUGCAUCAACAGUAUGUGCUUUACACUGCUUACCCCCUCCCAAUCCCACAACAAUGUCUGCUGUGCCUGUUCCUUACACUGCUUACCCCUUUCCCUAACCUUGUCUGCACUGCACUGCCUGCCCCAACAGUCUGUGCCUCACACUGCUUACCUUCUCCCACUUCCCCAACAGUGUCUGCAUUGCGCUCCCUGCCUCUAUACACUCUUUUCCCCUCCCUCCUUUUAUCUGUACCUUGUUGAAACAUUGCACAUAAUACUUUGCACUUCCCUGUACGUUCGUUAAUAUAUACCUACAAACUGUUACAUGGAUUUGGAUUGGGAUAUACUAAUACUAAUUGUUACAGGCUCCGAGCAGAGCACUGCUGGCAGUUCCAGCCCUGUACGAUUAAGAGUGUCCCGACCACCACCCGAUGAAAAGUCGUUGUUAGAUCAGCUCCGUAAGGUAUUGGCAGCAUCACCGUCUUGUAGUAUCUCUCCUCUAUCAUCUCUGACGCUAUCUCGAUCACCCCCUCUCAUACUCUCAUUUCAUGCAUUUCAUUCAAUUAUUAUUUAUUUUUAAUUUUUCUCCUAUCUGGUCUUUGUUCUACACACACCUUUUCCCUUGUAUGCUUUAGAUUCCUCCUCUUGCCUCUGUAAUGUUCUUUGGUGACUGUCCUCCCUUCCAUGCAUUUUAUAAAACAUUUUUUACCUUCGUGUUAUUUAUUAUCCUUUAUGCUUUCCUCUUACCUUUCUGUUUCAUUUGCAGAUUGUCUUUUAUCUGUCAUACUUUCCACAUGACACCCCCCCCUAUUCAGUCAGCUCUGCCUCUCAUAUUGUCUUCUGUAUCUUUCCCUACCUAGGACAUAGAGACUCAUCUUAAUACCACACUUCAGGAACCCCUGUGUGAGAGUCUAUCCAACGGAGUGAUUCUCUGUCAGCUUCUGAACCACCUACGCCCACGGACCAUUGCAUCAAUUCAUGUGCCCUCCCCUGCCGUGGUAAGAAUUGAUACUGUUCGAGUAGAAGGGGAUAAGCUGUAAGAUCCAAGACAGAGAUUUGGUAUAUGUUAAAUAAUACCUUUUCCACUCCCCCCUAGCCCAAGCUGAACGCAGUGAAAAGCCGCCGGAACGUAGACAGUUUCCUGGAUGCAUGCCGCCGGCUUGGCAUUCCUGAGGUAACAUUUUCCUUGUAUAUAGUCCCUUCUUUACAAAUAGGGAUUAAUGGUUAACAAGGGUGUGAAUGGAUCACAGAAUGUUCCUCUUGCGAUACCACUUACCUUUCUAGAUCACUGAAUGUUUCUUCUUCUUUUCUUAUCUCACCUCUUUGUGCAUGCCCUCAGUUAGCCAUUGGUAGUAAUAGAGAUCCCACCCGCAUGCAUCCUGUGUGACUCCUGUGUGUAUUUUGCAUGUGGGAAAGGGGCAGUAAUUGUAUAUAGGGGACAUUUAGACUUUUGUGUGUAUUUAAUAUUUGCUCUUGUUUUGUGCGAGCGCUUUAAUGUUUUAACAUGUUUGUUUUCUUGCUUUUCUCCCUCCCUCACUUUUUUUUUCUUUUCCUCCUCAUCUGUUUUGCUUCGCUAACACUCCAUUCUACUGUCUAUAUUCAUCUCCACCACCCUUCUAUAUUAUUAUUGUGUUUUUUUUUUUGUUUUUUUUUAUUCAUUGCUUCCCUGGUGCAUAAUUUGCACCUCUGUCUAUGCCUCCAUCUAAUUUUAUCACAAUAUCAUGUAUUUUCUUUAAACUCUUCUUUCUUGUAUUGUUUUUUUUUUUUGCAUGUUUCUAUCCAUCUCCUACUCUGGUUCCCCAUACCCCCUGCUGUCUACCUGUGUCCCUCAUUGUCUCAUGCAGCAAGAUCUGUGCUUGGCCUCCGACCUCCUUGGAGGUGAGCACUCCCUCAACGUGUACAGGACAGUCUCCUCUCUCCUGCGACUGACUUCGGGAGAAGCUGCCCUCGCCUCUCCAGCCUUUGACCAAGGGGCAUCUCCCUGUCCACCACAACCCUCUCCUCUCUCCAACUAUGGCGGCUUCCUGCUCUUCUACGCUCUGCUCAUGCUGAUACUGUAUGCAGCCUACAGCAAGCUGUAUGUGUUUUAGGCCACCAUGGUGUGGGGGACAUGUAUGCAGUCAUUGGAACCAGUAAUUUCUACCUGCCUUGCAUCCACACAAAAUGGCUGCCAACUCUGAAAAUUUAAAAUGUGCCUUUAUCAUGAGGCUGCUGUAAAAGUCUCAGGUCUUGCUGGCCAAUAAUUCCGGUUCAGAUCUCUAUAAUAUCCUAAAAUGUAGAUGGUUGAGCCACUGGAGUAUGCUAAUGGCUGCUCCCUUGCUCAGCUACCUCAUUGUUAAACAGGCUCCUUUUUGCUUAUCUUGCAAGUGAAAUUCUUACUUGAUCAAAGACGCUGCUCGUAACACAGCUUCAUCUCCACAGAGUGUUAAUAUCCUGCAGUGUACGUUGGUUCUUCCACCUUUGUAUAUAGUUUUUCUGCGUUUCUGAUUAGUUUGCUGGCAUAUCAGUACAAAUUAUCUGCUUUUAGAGUGUUCUCCUGAACAUGACAGGAUGUCCAGCAAGACUACCGAUGAUAUAUUGUUCCAGUGGUCCAAAGAUGACCUUCCACUAGCUAUACUUUGUAUGACCAAGUUGCCUGUUGUAUGACAUUUUCUUGGUGCCUUCUUCUCAUGCCUUUGAUUCAGUGUGACUUUAUUACUUGGACAAGCCCAAGCCAUUGGAAAAGCAAAUGGAGCGUGGGGCCUUCUGUGCCACAAACCAAAGACUUUUAGUGCUAAGUCAUAUUUUCCAAAAACAAGCUGCCUUGUGCCAGCCUGCUCUUCUAUCGACAGCCUACUCAGACUGACUGGUACUCACUGGACAGAAAUAUCAGUUUCAUUGGAAACUGUUACCUAGUCCAUGUAACAUUCAAAUUGAAUCCCUUGAGUCCAUGUCCUGCUAGCUGAAUAUGGUCAUGGACUGAAUCCUUAAUAAGGCUGGAUGACAAUGUCCUUUAGUACAUUUGCAUGUUUUGUCCUUGAAUUGUCAAUUCACAUGUUUCCACAUCUUUCAAUAUGUACCUGUUUAGAGUUCCUGGCAUACGGAGAUAGUUUGCUACCAGGGCUCUACCCGCACAAUUUCAUACCUCCCUCAUUGUAGGGAAGUAAGAUUGUGCCCUGGACGUGCCUGGAUCAGUAUGUCAUUUGCGAAAUCUUUAAAGGAGCAUUAUAGUGCCAGGACAACAAACCAGUUUUUCUGGCACUAUAAGUUCAUUAGGUGUCCCACCACCCUCAGGGUACCCCUUCCGCUGGGGUUAAAACCCCUUCAGCCACUUGCCUUUCUCCAGCGCCGGGCUCCCUCUGUGCUAGGGAACUCUCCACCCCCUGCCGACAUCAGAUCCAAUCCAAUGCUUUCUUAUGGACGUCCAGCGUCUUUUCACUGUGAAUUUUUUUUUCUUUUUCUUCACCAUGAGGAUUGCUUCUAGUGGCUGUCGGUGUGACAGCCACUAGAGGCUGGAUUAACCCUCAGUGUAAACAUAGCAGCAGUUUCUCUGAAACUAUGUUUUCAGCUGCAGGAUUAAAACUAGAGGGACCUGGCACACAGACCACUUCAUUGAGCUGAAGUGGUCUGGGUGCCUAUAGUGGUCCUUUUAAUAUACAUUUUAAAAUAAACUGGAGCAUGACAUAAAAAAGGUUAAUACAAGUUAGUUUUAUUCAAUCUUGUAAUUUCGAGAGAAGUAACCCUUCCAUUUAAGAACGAAGUUCCACAGUUGAACAGCAUAACUUGUGUGAUGCCAUCGGUGAGCAUUGCGUAAACCGGUUCGUUGUAAUGCCUUUUGUAGUAAGUAUGAAUAGGAUCUGUAAAAGGUGAAACUGCUGAAAUAUGUGGAAAAAUGGCAGUCAUCUAAAAUGUAUAGCACUCUUCGUUUUAGAGGGGAUAAACCCUCUCGUACAGUCUACAGUAAUGUGACUAGCAUUGCAAUGUAGCACAAUGGUUUAUGCAAAACAUUUACUUCCUGUUUCCUGUUAUGUCACAGGAAGUGGUUAAUGGAAAUAUUCAGCGUAAAGUGCCUGUAUGGCUGCAGCCAUUGUGGAAUGGCUGAAGCCAGAGUGACUGAAGGUUAUUCUCCAAGCAGUAAAUUGCAAGCUUCCAGUUAAACUAGCCAAGCUGUGAUUAUAUCAUUGUUAAAUGACCGAACAAACCCUUGUGAGUUAGCCAGAUGUCAGGACUUCUCUAACUGUAUCGUUAUGUGAGAAGACCCCAUUUUUAUCCUAAAAUCCGCUGUUGGGGGUCACAUGUUACUGGAACAGUGGCCUAUGCCUUAAAAUAUAAAUGUAUCUGCAACGGUUCAAAUAUAUAGGAAGAAGUACUUAAUUCGCACUGAGCACCUCCCUGUGCCUGACCAGAUCUGUGUAUACAGGCAAAUGAACAUAUAUAUUUGUGUGUGUGUGUAAAUAUAUUUCAAGAAUAGAACACUACGUGUCUGCAAAAACCCACACUAUAUAUAGAGUAUAUAGACACUGACUUUAAACAUUCGCAUCUGUAAUUUAGCCAAUUUAUUUUUUAUUUAUGAUGACAUUUUUGUUGUAAAGUAUUUUUGAAUGACUGCAUUCUAAGCUUAUCAUAGGUUAUAUGGCCUUAUUUAUUAAGGUGUGGUUUUAUAGAAAUAAGUAUAUGCAUCCCAUAUGCACCAAAGGCUUUUAUAACAUGUAAAUUGACAUUUUAUUAGAAAUCGUGUUACUUUGUAUCUAGAAACCCUUUUAUUACACGUACCAGAUAAUAAUAAAUUGAAAAGAAAAUGUAGAAAUUCCUAUUCCACUGUUUUUUAGAAUAGGAUUUUUUUUUUUUUUUUUUUGAAAUGUUUAUUACCUUUUGUAUUUAUUACAAAUAUUCUUAAAAUGUGACUAAACUAUUUUGGCACAGUUCACAAUUCACAUCUAAAUGAAUUAAGGCGUUUGUUUUAUUUUUUUUGUGAUUUCACUGUUAGAUUUGUUUUUGUUUUUUCUACGAAGUUGACCAGUCACCCACACACCUUGUAGCAUCCAAUGAAAUGUGUUUAAUAAAACACUGCUGCUUAAUGCUUAUGUUUUGUCUGUUUAAUCUGUGUAACGGAUAAUUAUCUUACGUGUUAAUUAGUGCUUCUCUCAGCACAGCUAACCUCCGGAUCAGGUAAGAGCCUGUUGCCAGGUCAGACAGGUAAAACGAGAGUAUGAAGUUAAUUGUAAGGCCUAUUCAGGCAGCUAAUCGUCAUGUUGUGUACUUGCUCUCUCUUUUCUACAUUGUAGGUGAAGCACAUUUUAUAGUAAGCACUUACUGGGGCAGAUUAAAAGGAGACAAAUUAGUGGUUCUCAUAAAACAGGGAGACGAGAAGACAAAGUGUCCAGAGUGGUCAUUUAUAGGAAAUUUGAUGUCUUGAGCUCAAGACAGUUGGCUUCAGUUCAUAGAGGCAGCCAUCUUUAGAUCACAAAAAAGAAAAUCCUUCCAGUCCUUACAAAUGUUCAAAUAGCCUUUGAGCGAACAGCCGCACGAACCAGAGACCACCCUGGAGCUUUUUAAGUCUAAUUGCUAUUUUGUAGCAAUUUCCACCACAGAGUUCUAAGUGUUUGUCUGGGUGGCCGCAGUUCCUACCAGGUGGCGGCCAUCUUGUUCGCACGAACGCAUGAAUCUCAUGGAACUGAAAACAGACACAGAAUCUCCCGAACACUGCUGGACUUCCAGCAUCGCCUGCAUUCGGUUCCACUUAGAAAAGUGCUGUUCGGUGGAAAUGUUCCCAUGAACAAGGAGAUAAAGCUCCAGGGUAAAACUAUUGACUAUGUUUGGCAGAUUGAUUAAUUGUUUUUAAACUACCGAACUAGACUGAGCAUUAAGACUUCCAGGACAAUCCUAAACCCCUGAACUGAUCUGGGUGAUUUUUGGAUAUAUUGGUCACUCAAAUCAGGGCUAUCAGGGGAUGUAACCAUUGUGGGGUUUUUAUGUAUUUUUAGGGUACUUUUGGGGUGUUUAGGUAAAAAAAAAUUCUGUGCUUGGUGAUAAUUGGAUUAGAUUAGUACGGUUCCUGAUCCAAUUAUCUCCCAGGCACAGAGAAGGGAUUAUCUGACUUUGUAUAAAAGUAUCUUGGACCUGAGAGUCAAUGUGAUUGUGUAUUUAUUUCUAUUGUGGUUUACUCUCGGGUCCAGAGGGGAGUGCCCCUUGCAUGGGGACUCAUCAAAAGCCAGUUGUGGCUACCAUUAAACUGGAAUUCGUUUUACCCUUCAUGAAGUCUAGGCUCCUGUUUGGGGGAUUAGAGACUUAUAUACGCACUCUGUGUAUUGCUAUCAAUAUACUCCCCUAGAUCACAACACUUGAUCUUAUAAGAGCAGCCUGCUUUGCUCUCUGGACUAGGAGAGGUAUACCCACUGGAAGCUGGAUCUUGGUCUUGGGUCCAGGGUGGGUGGAGGAAAGAGAGACCCCAACCAAGCUGCGGCGGUUAUGGUGCAGUGCUUAUGGUCAGUGAUGUAUUUAGUAUCUGUGCUGCCCUAGGCAUGACGGAUCUUGGGCACCCCCUAAUGUACAUUUGCCUCACCCCUUCCUGUCAAUACCACACCUCUCACUGUUAAACGACUAACACACAUUUUGACUGACACACACACACACACACACUGAUUUGACCCAAUCACUGACUCACUGACAUACACAAUGAUGCAGACACACAUUCACUGACAGAGACACACAGGUGCCCUCACUGACACAAUCACUCAGAAACACACAUUCACUGACAGACAGCCACACAGUGACACAUACACACAAUCACUUGGAUACACACUUACAGCCAAACACACACAAUUACUCAGACACACACUGACAGCCAGACACGCCCUUCCUCCCCCAACAUUAAUUAAUAAAGAUUACUUUUCCUAUUUUAGUUUAAAUCCACCCAGCCUCUCUACCUGGAAGAGCUGGGUGGAUUUAAAAAAAAAAUAAAAAAAAUUUUAACCUGGGGACCAGUGGGUCUUCUUGCAGAGAGGGAGGCAGGCACUUGGGCAGCUAAUUGUAAACAAGGCAUUUGCCUUGGGCGGCACUUUCCAGGGGGAGGCAAAAAACGCCGCCCCAAAUUCCCAGGCAAAUACCUUGUAAGCCUGACGGCAUUCAGCUAACAAAAAAUACAGGUGGGCAGGCGGCACCGGCGAGUCAGCACUGAUUUGUGAGCGGUCUCUGCUCAGCUCCCUCGCGCGCUGCAGAGUGAUGCCGGGAGCUGGAAUAUGACAUCUUUAAACUUAACCAGCUCCCACUGCUGCCACACUACUUGUAUAGGAAAGCCAGAGCUUAUACCAUUAGACGUGUAAUGGAUGGAUGUGGGUACUUUGCAGGAGGUAUCAACCUAUCUUCUUUACUAUACUCAGUUACAGUGAAAUUGAGGCUAAAACCACAAAGCUGUACCAAUAGCUGGGUUGGGAAAGGUUUCCAGAUCAGCCUUGAUGUGGCACCACCUGUCCUACUGGCCCAGUUGGGUGCAUUUCAAAUGGGUAUCUGAUAGGAAAAAUUUUAACUUUAAAAGUGACCCUGCGGGCUUCACUUUCUGCUCUCAUUAAUGUAAAAUACACUAAACCAAGCAUGCCAAACUCAAAGGCUAGCACGGGCCACAUAAGGUUUAAGUUUAUGUGGGCCUCAAAAAAAACAAACAAAAACCUUUUUAAAUUUUCAGAAAUGUAGGUUUGUUUUAAAAAGUACAGUAUAAAUUCACAGCACCCCCCUCUGUACUGAAUCCCAGCACCCCCUCUAGUAAACCCCAGCCCUUGUUUAGGAAAAAACAAUAUUAGCCAACAAGCAGACUCCACUCACAUUGCUGCUGCCAGUAUGCGACGCCGGAGUCCAGCCUCUGGUAUACCGCCAAUGGCGCCGUCCAUAUCCUGUCAAACGGAUGCCCCUUUUACUUGAAAACCUGUGAAGGUGGAGCACGUUAACGUCACGUCAGAAUGUGGCGUUGCUUGCCCUGCCAGGUUCUCCACUGUCCAACCGCGGCCAUCGCAACAGACACACACACUGACAGUCUCUCACACACACACACACACAUACAUCAUUGUAUUCAUUGCUCCCUACCUUUGGGAGCUCUCCCUGAUCUUAUCUUGGGAGAUCAGACUUUUUGCUCCCGCGCGUCGUCUGAAGUGAUGCCGGAUGCCGGAAUAUGACGUCAUAUUCCGGCGCCCAACUUCACUUCAGCUGGCGCGCGAGGGAGCAGUGAGGAGCAAGAAAAUUGAGCUCCCUCGUUGCCGCCAGGACCCCUCCCGGCCGGGUAAAUGAGCAGGGUAGGCACCUGCAAUGUGGGGAGAGCAGGUGCCUACUCUACUAAUCAUGUCAAGUUCGCGGGCAGCAAAAAUAUUCAUUGUGGGCCGCGAGUUUGACAUGCUUUCACUAAACCCUGGGAAAUUUCUGGAUGCCAGUUACUCAGCAGCAACUAGAAAAAAAAACAAGCUGUGGGAGUAGCUCUGACAAUCCAUGCAGAUAUUACUAGACACUACUUUCUCAUCACUGUUGUCAGAACAAAUACAGCUUAUUGUAUUUGUUCUGGUGAGUAGAAUCAUUACCUUCAGGCUUUUUGCUGUAAACACUGUUUUCAGAGAAAAUGCAUUGUUUUCAUUACAGCCUAGGGAUACCUCCAUUGGCCACUCCACAGUUGGGUGCUAGAGGUGCUUCUUGGGACAGUGCUGCACAGUGUGACUGACAUUCAGUGUCUCCACCCUUUGCAUGGAGACACUGACCUAUCCUCAUAGAGAUGCAUUGAUUCAAUGCAUCUCUCUGAGGAGAUAUUGAUUUGGCCGGUGAGAGAGCUCAGUGGCCAAAUGCAUCAUCAGCAAAAUCUGUUCAACCCUAGGUCGCAGGUUCAAAUCCUGGCAGGGUUGACUCAGCCCUUCAUCCUUCUGAGGUAGACGCAAUGAGUACCAUUAAAUUGGGUAAUUGUAACAUCUCCUGGAUGUACUUGGAAACCAGAGUAAUUUAAAUGUACCCUUCCUGCUAGAAUACUUUGUUAUGGAAGUGCUCAUGCCGUUGUACAUAACACUUACCAUGUACAGGGAGUGCAGAAUUAUUAGGCAAGUUGUAUUUUUGAGGAUUAAUUUUAUUAUUGAACAACAACCAUGUUCUCAAUGAACCCAAAAAACUCAUUAAUAUCAAAGCUGAAUAUUUUUGGAAGUAGUUUUUAGUUUGUUUUUAGUUAUAGCUAUGUUAGGGGGAUAUCUGUGUGUGCAGGUGACUAUUACUGUGCAUAAUUAUUAGGCAACUUAACAAAAAACAAAUCUAUACCCAUUUCAAUUAUUUAUUAUUACCAGUGAAACCAAUAAAACAUCUCAACAUUCACAAAUAUACAUUUCUGACAUUCAAAAACAAAACAAAAACAAAUCAGUGACCAAUAUAGCCACCUUUCUUUGCAAGGACACUCAAAAGCCUGCCAUCCAUGGAUUCUGUCAGUGUUUUGAUCUGUUCACCAUCAACAUUGCGUGCAGCAGCAACCACAGCCUCCCAGACACUGUUCAGAGAGGUGUACUGUUUUCCCUCCUUGUAAAUCUCACAUUUGAUGAUGGACCACAGGUUCUCAAUGGGGUUCAGAUCAGGUGAACAAGGAGGCCAUGUCAUUAGAUUUUCUUCUUUUAUACCCUUUCUUGCCAGCCACGCUGUGGAGUACUUGGACGCGUGUGAUGGAGCAUUGUCCUGCAUGAAAAUCAUGUUUUUCUUGAAGGAUGCAGACUUCUUCCUGUACCACUGCUUGAAGAAGGUGUCUUCCAGGAACUGGCAGUAGGACUGGGAGUUGAGCUUGACUCCAUCCUCAACCCGAAAAGGCCCCACAAGCUCAUCUUUGAUGAUACCAGCCCAAACCAGUACUCCACCUCCACCUUGCUGGCGUCUGAGUCGGACUGGAGCUCUCUGCCCUUUACCAAUCCAGCCACGGGCCCAUCCAUCUGGCCCAUCAAGACUCACUCUCAUUUCAUCAGUCCAUAAAACCUUAGAAAAAUCAGUCUUGAGAUAUUUCUUGGCCCAGUCUUGACGUUUCAGCUUGUGUGUCUUGUUCAGUGGUGGUCGUCUUUCAGCCUUUCUUACCUUGGCCAUGUCUCUGAGUAUUGCACACCUUGUGCUUUUGGGCACUCCAGUGAUGUUGCAGCUCUGAAAUAUGGCCAAACUGGUGGCAAGUGGCAUCGUGGCAGCUGCACGCUUGACUUUUCUCAGUUCAUGGGCAGUUAUUUUGCGCCUUGGUUUUUCCACACGCUUCUUGCGACCCUGUUGACUAUUUUGAAUGAAACGCUUGAUUGUUCGAUGAUCACGCUUCAGAAGCUUUGCAAUUUUAAGAGUGCUGCAUCCCUCUGCAAGAUAUCUCACUAUUUUUGACUUUUCUGAGCCUGUCAAGUCCUUCUUUUGACCCAUUUUGCCAAAGGAAAGGAAGUUGCCUAAUAAUUAUGCACACCUGAUAUAGGGUGUUGAUGUCAUUAGACCACACCCCUUCUCAUUACAGAGAUGCACAUCACCUAAUAUGCUUAAUUGGUAGUAGUCUUUUGAGCCUAUACAGCUUGGAGUAAGACAACAUGCAUAAAGAGGAUGAUGUGGUCAAAAUACUCAUUUGCCUAAUAAUUCUGCACUCCCUGUAUAGCUUGGAGGAAAGACUUACUUCAGUAGUGGGGAAAGUGAUGGAAAUCAUGUUAAAGGAUAGGAUUGAUGAACAUCUAAAAACACAUGGAUUUCAAGAUCAGAGACAACAUGGGUUUACUUCAGGGAGAUCAUGCCAAACUAAUCUUAUUGAUUUUUUUGAUUGGGUAACUAAAAUUAUAGAUCAGGGUGGUGCAGUAGACAUUGCUUACCUAGAUUUCAGUAAGGCUUUUGACACUGUUGCACAUAGAAGGCUUAUCAAUAAACUGCAAUCUUUAAGUUUGGAUUCCAAUAUUGUUGAAUGGGUAAGGCAGUGGCUGAGUGACAGGCAACAGAGGGUUUGUAGUUAAUGGAAUAUAUUCGAAGCUUGGACUUGUCACCAGUGGGGUGCCUCAGGGAUCUGUACUUGGACCCAUUCUCUUUAAUAUUUUUAUUAGUGAUAUUGCAGAAGUCUGAUGGUAAGGUAUGUCUUUACUGAGUAUUCUAAGAUAUGUAACAGUUUGAUGUUCCCAGGAGGGAUAAGCAAACAAAUGAUUUAGAUGACUACUGAUACUUGAUUCAGAAUUGUUUCAAUGACAUUUAAUGUGGAUAAGUGCACAAGAUAAUGCAUCUUGGGCCAUUUAAAAGCAAGAACUUGAGUACAGAAUAUUUGAUAGAUUCUAUUCAGCACAUGGGAAAGGUUUGGGGGUGAUUAUUUCCCAUUGAGCUUAAAGGUAGGCAGACAAUGUAAUAGAGCAGCAGGAAAUGCUAGCAGAAUGCUUGGUUGUGUAGGGAGAGGUAUUAGCAGUAGAAAGAGGGAAGUACUCAUGCCAUUAUACAGAACACUGGUGAGACCUCACUUGGAGUAUUGUACACAGUACUGGAGACCGUAUCUUCAGAAGAAUAUUGAUACCUUAGAGAGGGUUCAGAGAAGGGCUACUAAACUGGUUCAUGGAUUGCGGGAUAAAACUUACCAGGAAAGGUUAAGGGAUCUUAACAUGUAUAGCUUGGAGGAAAGACGAGACAGGGGGGAUAUGAUAGAAACAUUUAAAUACAUAAAGGGAAUCAACACAGUAAAGGAGGAGACUAUAUAUUUAAAAGAAGAAAAACUACCACAACAAGAGGACAUAGUCUUAAAUUAGAGGGACAAAGGUUUAAAAAUAAUAUCAGGAAGUAUUACUUUACUGAGAGGGUAGUGGAUACAUGGAAUAACCUUCCAGCUGAAGUGGUAGAGGUUAACACAGUAAAGGAGUUUAAGCAUGCGUGGGAUAGGCAUAAGGCUAUCCUAACUAUAAGAUAAGGCUAGGGACUAAUGAAAGUAUUUAGAAAAUUGGGCAGACUAGAUGGGCCGAAUGGUUCUUAUCUGCCGUCACAUUCUAUGUUUCUAAGACAAGACAGGAGGGAUAGGAUAGAAACAUUUAAAGGGAAUCAACUAUAUUUAAAAGAAGAAAAACUACCACAACAAAGGGAACAUAAAUUAAAUUAGAGGGGCAAAGGUUUAAAAAUUAUUACUUUACAGAGAGGGUAGUGGAUGCAUGAAAUAGCCUUAACACGGUGAGAUAGUUUAAGCAUUCAUGGCAUAGGCAUAAGGCUAUCCUAGCCUUAAUAUAAGGCCAGGGACUAAUGAAAGUAUUUAGAAAAUUGGGCAGAAUAGAUGGGCUGAACGGUUCUUAUCUGCUGUGUUUGGCUUGUGCUGGCUCUGCCUCUGAUUGGUCUUCUUGAACGUCUCCAUCAAUCCAAUGCUUUCCUAUGAGAAAACAUUGUGAUUGGCUCAGAACAACCCUUCUGAUAAUGUCAGUCAAGCAGGCAGAUCAGAUGCAGAGCCAGCAGCAGAAGACUGGAGUAAAGGUAUGGUUAUACAAUAUUUAGGGAGUGCAGAGGGGCAUAGAUGGUGUUUUUAACACUAUAGUGAUACUUUAACCCCUUAACGCUGUUACAGCGUUCUAUGCCGUCCCCAUUUAAAUGGGCUUUAAAGCCGUUGUGGCAGCAUAGAACGCUGUAACGGCUGCAGCCCCCAGAGCGUCCGGGAUACUCACCUAACCGCGAUGCUCUUCGGGAGCACUGCCUGACAGCCCAGGCAGCCCUCCCACGGCAAAAGAAGCCCCCGGGGGCCAUGUGAUCGCUCUCAAAGAGCAAUCACAUGGCCCCCUAUAGCUAGCUGUGGAUCUGCCACCAGGGUGAUUCACAGCUAAAAUGUCAGACGGAAAUAUAAAUUUAAACAAAAUCUUAUUUUCUCAAAUUCUUUUACAUUUUAUUAAUAAUAAAUUAUGUUCCAUAUAUGAAUAGUUAAUGAUAAAUUAAAGCCCUGUUUCUCCUGAACAAAAUGAUAUAUAAGAAGUGUGGGUGCACUUAAUGUGACAGUGGGGAAUUACGGUGCAAAUUCCAGUUUGUUUUGUUUUGAUCAGAACGUAAACUAUUGACUCCGUCCUGAAGAGGUUAAGUAUGAAAGCUGUUGAUCAACUCUCAGCUUAGAUGUGUGUGUGUGACGAGUAUUGAUUGACGGUGGGGGGCAGGAGAACCUUCCUAAUGGCAGUUUUCCUGUUCGGUCACUGUGUGUGCUGGUGGAAGAUGUGAAUGGAGGGACAGUGUGAAGAUGGCAGGUUUGUGUUGAAGCCAGCAUAUUUUCAUAAUUGGGAAGGAUUAGCCUGUACCAACAAGCAGAUUAUGUUUUCUAAUACUAUAUUGCCAGAUGGUGACCUCAUCUGUGCAGGUUUUUUUAUUGUAUGAUACACUGGAACAAUACACGGAUUACCUCCGUAGUUUGGGUACUCCGUCUUGACAUACAUGUCAUUGUCUGCUUAAAAUUAGUGGUUGAUGCACGUCAGCUGCCAUUUUAAUUUGUCGUGUUUACAAACCAAAACAAAUUCCCUCUAGUAUCAGACAGCAGUGGACAAUGUGUGUUUAAAAACUCUCCUUAAUACCUACACUACAACCAAUACUAACUUCAACCCUAGCUCACAAACCUAAAAUAUACAAACACACAGCAUAGUGCACAUUAUGGAAAAUAAUGCUAUCUUUUGGAGAUAUUUUAUAAACGGUCACAUUUGGUCUUAACCUACAAUGUGACCAUCUUAAGACAUCUUGGUUUUAAUGUAUAUUGUGUGCAAUUUAAAAAUAAAAGUUUGUUUCAGACAUUGCAGCUUGGGAGUGUGACUCCCAAUAAUCUCAGACUGGGAUGUGUAUGUCCUGGUUCUGCUAAAGAUGGCUUUAAAACCGUUAAACUUUCCAGCCUACAAAAAGUAAAAUAAAUUGAACCCACUGUGCAAUGAUUAUUCUAAGUGAAACUGGUUUAACUCCUUCCCUACUGCAUUCCUUUAGUUCGAAAAACAAAAAUGCAUUUAUUUGAAAUAUUGCGACCAAAAAAAAAAAAACUAUGUAAAGUUACACAAUUUCAGGGUUAUUAAUAAGUUUCUCCCCACACAUUAAAGGAACACUUUGCUUUAGUGUUGGGAAUACAAAGAUAUAUUCCUAAUGUGUUUCACUGCCCACGCGACUUCCCCACGAUGUAAAGGGUUGAAUAACCCUUUAUUAAUUUACCCAAUUCCAGAGCCAAAGUCCUUUUUAAGUGGAGUUGUGCCUCCACUAGGUGGACCUAUUGACCAUGUGUGCGAGCAUUAGACUUUACCCAUAGGAAAGCAUUGCUCCAAUGCCUUCCUACAGGGUUUUCUCAGAUACUGAAUGUCCUCACGCAGAGCAUUAGGACGUCCAGCGUUGUUUCACAGAGUCAAACUCCAUGAUACUACAGGAAGUGCCUCUAGAGGCAGUCUUAGUACUGCAAAUAAACAUUGCAGUUUCUCUAAAAUUGAAAUGACUUACAUUGCAGGACGAAGGGGGAUAAGGACACUGCACCCAAACCGUUUCAGUGAGAUGAAGUGAUCUGGGUGCCUAUAGUGUCCCUUGUAAAGUAUGAAUGGCAAAACUAAGGUUAAAUAGUCAAGCUGUGACUGGCUCAGAGAAUUUUUACAGAUCAGAUUUUUCUUUUUUUCCCCAUUUGGACUUAUUUUGCAAACGGUUUGCAUUUUGUGAAUAAAAACUGUUAGUGUUUCAUCCUUUGCCGAAAUAUUGCGGUAUAAUAUCUUAUAUCUUUUACAUUGUAGGUUGUUAGGGAGCUGAAGCAGUCAUUCCAUUUUCUCUUAUUUAAAUUCCUUACAUUUUGGUUAGUUAAAAGGAAGCUGCUGGAAUUUUUGGGAAGCUGUAUCAGGAUGUAGAAAUGUCAGACUGUGGGUGUGAUGUCCACAUGCAGGGCCGGACUGGGGAAAAAAUUAGGCCCGGGCAUUUUUCAAUCAGAGAGGCCCCCUAAGAAGGGGGCGGGGCCAGAAAGUGUGUGUUUUGUCAGCACUAAUGACAACAUGUCCCCUCUCAAAGUGAGCAUGUUGGUUCAAUUCCCAGAGCCCUGCUAAAGAGCUCUGGCACUAGAAAAAGGCCCUGAAUUUAUUCUGUGCAGCGCAAGCAAAUUUAAUAACAUGCUUGCGCUGUGUUUGCUUUUAAAUUGUCUCUGGUGUCUCCACAAGUGGGAUACCAGAGGACAAAAGGGCCAGGAAAGUGCAUGGUGCAUAUGUUUGGAGCCUGCUUGUGGGAUUGUGUGUGUGUAUUGUGGUAUUGUAUAAAUAGGUCAAUUUAAUUUGUGUUUGUGGUGUAAUAUGUGUGGCUAGGGGCUGUAGAGAGUGUGGGAUACAGCGAGAGAGUGCAUACGGGCUGAAGUGUAUGUGUAUAGGUGACGUAGUGUGUGUAGGGGUUGCAGAGAGGGUGUGUUUAGAGAAUGUUGUAUGUGUUUGCUGACAAGGAAUGUAGUGUGUGUGUGUGUAGGAGAUCUACUGUGUAAAGGACCCUGUGUGUGUGUGUGUGUGUGUAGAGGAUUAAGAGUGCAUAUAGGGUAAGGGAUCUAGUGUGUAUCUGGAGCGUAAUGUGUGUAGUGGUGCAGUGUGAGGGGUGCUGUAGUGUGUGUGUGUGUGUGUGUAUGUAUAUAUAUAUAUAUAUAUAUAUAUAUAUAUAAUAUAUUUGGACUUAUUUUAUGUGUGAGGGGCGCAGUGUGUGUAUGUAAGAGGGGUGCUGUGUGUGAGGGUGUUUUUAUCUGCUGUCACAUUCUAGGUUUCUAAUUUUCUUUGUCUGUUAACUCACUGAGGGUUAUUUUAUAUAUAUAUAUAUAUAUAUAUAUAUGUGUGUGGUGUAUAUGUGUGGGAGUAUGCUGUGUGUGUCUGGGGGUGCAGUGUGAGUGAGGGUGCUGUGUGUGUCUGGGGGUGCAGUGUGAGUUUGGGUGCUGUGUCUGGGGGUGCUGUGUGUGUGUCUGGGUGCGCUGUGUGUCUCUGGGGGCGGUGUGUGUGAGUGUGAAUGUAUUUUUUAUUUAAAUUUAAAUAUUUAUUUUAUUAAUAAAAAAAUAUAUAUAUAUAUCCUCACUUCAGGGUGCUGUGUGUGUCUGUCUGGGUGCUGUGUCUGGGGGUGCUGUGUGUGUCUGGGUGCACUGUGUGUGUUCCGGGGUGCACCGUGUGUGUGUCUGAGGGUGCUGUGUGUGCCUGGGUGCUGUGUGUGUCUGAGGGUGCUGUGUGUGUCUGGGUGCUGUGUGUGUCUGAGGGUGCUUUGUGUGUCUGGGUGCUGUUUGUGUCUGGGGGUGCUGUGUGUGUCUGGGGGUGCUGUGUGUGUCUGGGUGCUGUGUGUGUCUGGGUGCUGUGUAUAGGGGUGCUGUGUGUGUCUGGGGGUGCUGUGUGUGUGAGAGUGUGAAUGUAUUUUUUAUUUAAAUUUAAAUAUUUAUUUUAUUAAUAAAAAAUAUAUAUAUAUAUUAUCCCCAGGGGUGCUGUGUGUGUCUGGGGGGUGCUGUGUGUGUCUGGGGGUGCUGUGUGUGUCUGGGUGCUGUGUCUGGGUGCUGUGUGUGUCUGGGUGCUGUGUAUAGGGGUGCUGUGUGUGUCUGGGGGUGCUGUGUGUGUGAGAGUGUGAAUGUAUUUUUUAUUUAAAUAUUUAUUUUAAUAAUAAAAAAUAUAUAUUUCCCCACCCCCUCCCUUCUUACCUUUAUCCUGGGAGGGGGGGGGAAGAGAUCCGUUUUGCCGGGGGAGCCAUGCUGCCUUCCCUGGUGGUCCAGUGGUGAGAGUGAACUCUAACCUGCAGGUUAGAGUUCACUCUCGCGAGAUCUGAGCGUUGCCGCGGUAACCGCGGCAACGCUCAGAAUCCCGCGAGAGGACCCGGCGGAGCUGCUUGUUAGAGCUCCGCCGGUCCUCUCCUCCCUGCCUCCCUCCCUCCCCAGCCUGCUUGUUAGAGCUCCGCCGGUCCUCUCCUCCCUGCCUCCCUCCCUCUCCCAGCCGGCGGCCGCAUCUCCCUGUCUGUGGGCCGGUGAGGGAGAUCUUUGAUCUCCCCCACCGGCCCACGGAGACACAUAGCAGGGCCGGCGCUCGGAUAGUGCUGGCCCUGCAGAGGCCGGCCGGGGAGAUCCCCUGCCGGCCUCGGCCCCACGGCCAUCGCGGCCCACCGGGCAUUUGCCCAGUAUGCCCGAUGGCCAGUCCGGGCCUGUCCACAUGCAUUAAGGACAGAUAACUGAUUCCCGAUAUGUAUUCUUACAACAAGCUAUGCCACGCGUCUAGAGUACUUCCUGGCUGCUAGCAGUGCAUCAUCGUACUAUAAGCCAUAAGGCAACGUUUACAGUUCCUGUUACUUAUCUUCUGUCUGUAUUACUGUGUUCUCCCUCCAUAUGAUCCUAGUGUGAUAGUUGGUUUAAUGAUUGAUUUCUGGCUUGCAGAUUGGUUAAAUAAAACUCAUGGGGGUAUUUUACUGUCAGUCAUACACACUUACCCAUCUUAUAUGUCUUCCUUUGCUCCACCUUAUUAUCCUUUCUCACAUGGCUAUCUUUCGUUACCAAGUAAAUCUGUCCUUCCUCUGCUUCUAUUUGCCUUUCUUUUCUCCUUUCACCUACUCUACCCAACUUUUUCACCCUUUCAUCUCUUUAAUUCUUCCUUCUAGACCUUUCUGCUCUCUUUACUAGGAUACUUGUCCUUCGGGUAUCCAUCGGUUGAGUUACUUUCAUUCACCACUCUAUCUGCUCAUUCUUUGUCUUAGUCCCAUUCCACCAUUUUUGUCUCCUCCAACGUACUACCCACCUUUCUCCUCAUCACCUUUAUUAGAUCUACCUAGCUUUUCUAAUAUGUUCAUUUUCUUCUUGUUCCCAUUGUUCAUCCAUUUAUACAUAUGCUUUUUUUUCUUCCUUAAAUUAUUUCGUUUCUUAUCAGAUCUGCCUAGUCUUUAACCCAUCUACUUAUUCUGUACCUUCUCUACUCAACUUUUUUUUUUUUCUUUUUUUUCUUGACUAUUCCAUAUCUACUACGAUAUUUGUACUUCCUUUCCUCCAAUCCAUCUGCCAAUUCUUUAUUCUGCCUGUUCACAUUCCCAUUCCCCUGAAACAGGACUCGAUAUGUUCUCCUCAUGACAUUCUGGAUAGCGAUGGAGUUAGACGCAUGUUUGUCACCUUCCAGUCCCUCAUGCAGCAUUGCCUGGGGCCUUCUAGACCUUGACUUUCCUCAUCUUUUCACAUCUGGACAGACGUCUGAGGACUUUCUUGCUUGCAGUGGCCGAAAUCCUCUCCAGUUUCUGACGUCUGGUUUAAGACUCUUUCUUGUUUAAGGAUCCUAAAAUAGUCUCAGGAAUUGGUAAACUUCGAUUUUUGUUUUAUAUGGCACGUAUAAAUAUGCUGCAAUUGUUUACAUUCCAUAUCACAAUGUACAUAUUAUAUUUCCGUCCUUGAGAUACUUCCUGUUGUAUUAAAGUUUCAAUUGCUAUAAUAAAAUAUAAAAAAAACACUGCAUAA